AUGGCUUCUGAUCAAAUCACGAUGUCGAUGCCUGAGGAGAGAGGCGCCGGAGGCAAGCUCCGAAAACCGCCGCCGAGAAAGCCGCCUCCUAGCCCUUACGCACGUCCGGUCGAUACCAGGCGCCACCGUUGGAUUUCGAAGCUUGUGAAUCCCGCUUACCGCCUCAUCGCCGGCGGAGCCACUCGUCUUCUCCCUUCCCUAUUCUCCGCCGCGACUCCUCCCUCUCCUCUUCCUUCCCCUACCUCUUGCGCUGAAGAUCAAGCAAAUUCACGUUUGGCUUGUGGCAACAUACCUAACCGUUGCAGAAGCAGAACAGACAAAGAAGUCGCAGGUGCUAGGGCAAGGGAAAUAGAUAGUGAUGAGAAGCAAGCAAGAAUCUGUGACAGCCAGUCACAAUGCGACUGCCCUUGGAGGAGAUGGAGGGUGUCUCUCCUCUACAAUCUAGCACAACUGCAGGGCUAUAAUGCAAAGUUGAUAACCAUUCAUAAAGCAAGUUAUAUAUGGGAAACUGGUGACGGUCAUGAGGAUGGUUCACGCAAAAGUGAUAUUCAUCUUUUGGCAUACAAAUCAUCUGAAAUGGCUAUUGCUGAUGGCAUUAGUGGUAAACUGACAAGCAGUUCAGACUUGGUUAUGUCCAGACAAGAUGAUAAAGUAGAGAAAUCUGAUCAAAAUAGGCUUUCAGAUAUUGAGCAACUGGUCAAAGGGAAGAAAUUCUCUAGAGAUGAAUUUGAUCAUUUAGUGGCUGUAUUAAAUUCGAGAGUGAUGGACCUUUCUAAUCUUGAAAAAGGAAAGGAAAGUACAAACAUGACACAGGGGCUUCCAAACGUUUCAAACGGACAAAGGAAUGAAGAGCCAAUUGGAGCUAUAUGGGGAACCUCAAAACCUCUUGGUCUUUCAAAAGUUCGGGAAGGACUUGAUGCUUCACCAAUAGAGAUUGCACGAGCAUAUAUGGAUUCUCGGGCAUUAGAAGCAGGUCCCAGUUCUAAGAACAUGAUUCAUGCUGUUGAAAGCACGGUGUUGCAUGGUGUUGAAGCUGCAAUAAAACCAUAUGAUCCAACACCAUCAAAGAAGUCGACGACAUGUUGGCCAGGUGCUGUGGUGCAGGAUGCUUAUACAACACCACAAAGUCAGAGGAGCAGAUAUGGACUUCAUAAUUUCCCCCGUACUCCUUAUUCUAAAACUCUUUUAACAAAGUCCAAGUCCAAGAUGAUUCACUUGCAAGGAGAUAACAACCACAUUUCAUCAACUCCCAUCCUUCAAUCAAAGACCGCAAUGUAUCUGCAGGAUAAAUCUAAAACUGUAGCAUCAGAAAGUGUAUAUGGAUCUGUUGGACCUAUUCGUCGGACUAGGCAUAAGGUUGGUGCACAAUCGUCUUCAAGAAGACCAGUUUAUUCAUCCCUGAAUGGUCCUUCACUGAGAGAAAGUUCUGGUGUUGUUGAAGGUUUCACUCCUGUUGCAAAGUGCACGGAAACUAUUGGGACAGGCUCCACUCAUAAACCACUGGGCUUUCCGGUGGGUGCUCCAACCGUACACAUGCAUUCCAGUUUGAUGGCUAAGAAAAUAUUAGACCAUAUCGAUAGAAACGUUCCCACACCUAAAGAGAAAUCUGCUGAGCUCAAGCUGGCAACAAAAUGGAAGAACUCUGAAUCUGAUUUUAGUACUAUCUCUUCAAAUGAAGAUAAUGACUUGCAUAAAUUGAAUGAUGUUAGCCCUCAUAUAUAUGAUGGGCUUGAAAGAAAGAAAUCUACUCUAUUAAUUGAAGGCAAGGGAAACUACCGUGUUGAUAUGCAAUUGAAGGACAGUACAAAUAAAUCUAUCAAUGUCAGAAAUGAAGAAACUUUGGCGCCUGAUGUAAAUUCUUAUAAUAGCAGCAACCCUAGACAUGACAAUGAUGAUGCUCCGACAAUAACUCUCCCAAGUGGAGGUCAGCCUUAUGGGGUAAAUCAAGAAAAGAAGCCUCCUACUAACCCUGCAACCAUCAAACCAGUUCUACCUCCUAUUUCUAUCAAGAAGCCUGAGUCAAGAUGGACAGUAGCAUCCGAUAAUAGCUCUGGAUUUACCUUUCCUGUUUCAACAUCCUCUUCUGUAUUCUCUGAGCCACCGACUCCGUCCAUCAUGCCUUUGUUUUCUGCUGGGGAUCAGCAGCAGUCGAAAGGAUCUACCGAACUGUCGUAUACAUUUGGUUUGAAGAAGGCUAGUCCGGCGCUGAUCCAGGGAGUUCCUGUGUCGGAGUGGCAAAUGGCGCAGGGCGGGUUGUCUGAAUCUUUGUGCAUAGCCACUCUGUUGUUCUUCACCGGAUUUGCAACAUCUUCUUCCACGGACUCUCCGUUGCUCCAACAACAAAAGGACAAGGUUGGUACGCUCCCUGGUCAAUCCUUCGACGUCGGCUUUGCACAUUACGCUGGGUAUAUCACCGUCGAGGAGAAUUCUGGAAGAACACUCUUUUACUGGUUCAUCGAGGCACUUGAAGAUCCUCUUUCCAAACCCCUUGUUUUAUGGCUCAAUGGAGGCGCUUUUGGCACUUCAAUACUGGUAGGAAAUGCUCUGACAGAUGAUUUUCAUGAUCAAUUGGGGAUGUUCGAAUUUAUGUGGUCAAGUGGUUUGAUUUCGGAUCAAACAUACAAGCUUUUGAACCUACUUUGUGAUAAUCAGUCAGUUGAGCAUCCUUCACAUUCAUGUGAACAAGUUUGGGAAAUUGCUUAUAAAGAACUGGGAAAUAUAGACCUAUACAGUCUCUUUACUCCAAAGUGCCAUGCCAAUAUUAGUCAGUUAAGUCAGCUAGCGAGAAGAAAGCAUAGAAUAGGUAGACUUGGUCUCAGUGCAGAGUAUGACCCAUGCACUGAAACACACUCCAUUGUAUACUUCAAUCAACGUGAGGUCCAAACAGUUCUUAAUGUUGAUCGAGAUCAUAAGCCUGCUAGAUGGGAGACUUGCAGUGAGGUGGUAAAUACAAACUGGAAGGAUUCUCCAACAUCAAUGCUCAAUACUUAUCAUGAACUUAUUCGCAUGGGAUUAAAGAUAUGGGUGUUCAGUGGUAAUACGGACGCGGUAAUACCUGUCACAUCUACUCGCUAUAGCAUAAAUGCUCUCAAUCUCCCUACGGUUAGUCCUUGGCGUGCAUGGUAUGAUGAUGGGGAGGCAAGUGAUUCUAUAAUGAGUGUUUUUUUGUAUAGUAUUUCUAGUGACUUUAUUUCUUAG